CCGGAAGUAACGGAAACGCCUCAGCAGCGGCGGCGCUGGAUGUGUAGCGAGCCGGAGGACGGUGUCGUGGUCGUUGUCGCAGGUGAAUAUUAAACCUGUUAACUGAAGCAGCGAUGUCUUCUGUUCAGCACCUGAGAGAGUUCAUCAGUCAGAGACUCACUGCAGCCGCCGAGGAAAUACUCGGAGUCUUUGUCCAAACCAUCGUCGAGUUGGAGGAGGAGGUCGCUCGACAGAGCAAACUGCUGGACAUCGUCUGGACACCGGAAGUAAAGCUGCGCAGAAUAGAGCUCCCACAGCAUCUUGUCUGUGAGGAGGAGGAGGUUCUCACCGACCAGGAGAGGAACUCCAGUCUGGACCAAGAGGAGCCAGAGCCGCUACAGAUUAAAGAGGAACAGGCGGAAACCUGCACCAGUCAGAAGGGAGAGCAGCUUGUACUGAAGCAGGAGACUGACGCCUUCAUGUUGACUCCUGACUGUGAGGAUGGAGACCACAGAGAACCAGAACCAGGCGUUGACCACCAGCUGCUCUCUCACAACUCUCCUGUAGAUGAGGGACACGUCGUCUGGAAACCUGACCUAAAGCUGCAAAGAAUAGAGCUCCCACAGCAUCUUGUCUGUGAGGAGGAGGAGGUUCUCACUGACCAGGAGAGGAACUCCAGUCUGGACCAAGAGGAGCCAGAGCCGCUACAGAUUAAAGAGGAACAGGAGGAAAUCUGCACCAGUCAGGAUGGAGAGCAGCUUGUACUGAAGCAGGAGACUGACGCCUUCAUGUUGACUCCUGACUGUGAGGACGGAGACCACAGAGAACCAGACGUUGACCACCAGCUCCUCUCUCACAACUCUCCUGCAGCUGAGAGCCAAGAUCAGGAAGGAAGAGAACAUGUUGCCUCAGGAUCAACUAGAAAUGCAGAGUCAAACGCACAGAGGAGUCUAUAUGAAACCAGGAGUCACCGUAACAAUGUGUACAACUCUCCCACAUCUACUAUUGGCUCUAAAACUCAUACGGAGGAAAAGUCUUUUAAAUGUGACAUUUGUGGAAAAGUGUUUACGACAAAGCCUGGAUUACAUAAUCAUAUGAAAAUCCACACAGGUGAGAAACCAUAUUUGUGUAAAAUGUGUGGGAAAAGAUUUAAUAACCUGUCUAAUAUGAAAAGACACAUGAAAACUCACACAGGUGAGAAGCCGUACUCCUGCAGCAUCUGUGGGAAAAGAUUCUCUGCAUUUUCAGACACAAAAAAACAUUUAAGAACUCAUACAGGCGAGAAGCCAUAUUCGUGUAAAACCUGUGGGAAAAGUUAUGCACGUAGUAGCUCCUUGAAUGUCCACAUAAGAUCUCACACCUCUGAGAAGCCGUACUCCUGCAGCACCUGCGGGAAAAGAUUUGGUUAUUCGUCACACAGGAAUAGGCAUGAAAGACUUCAUACAGGUUAAAAGUUGUAUUUACAAAACACAUGGGAGAGCUUUCAGAUUCUGGGGUUAAUUGACAACCCACAUGAGAAGAGCCCACGCUGGUGGGAAUUGGUAUGAAAUGCUUCUGGAAAAAGAUACUCUGAUGUGACACAUUGGGAGGUUAUACAAGGUGCGAGGAAAAGCCCAGAGACUGAACCUCUAACAGGAACUGUACUUGAUUUAAAUUUGGACCCAUCUUUUUAUAAUUAGUCACCUUGUGCAACAAUAGACCAACGCUCCUGCCACACUUGGAUUACUCCCUGGGAGGUGCGCAUUUGGAUUUGUCCUGUGUGUUAAAACAAUGACCCUUCAGCUUCAAUAUGCUUUAGGGGAAAAGAAUAAAGUCACAGGGAGCCAAAUCCAGAGAGUAGGGCAGGUGGAAAGUAGGAGUGGCUACUGAACUCUGCUUUUAAGUUGGCAGAUAAAAAUCGUCUUUCACAGACACGUUGGUAUCGGUAUUCAUUUGAACAUUUUAUGUAAAAAUAAAUAUAUUUUCUCAA